UCGUGGAGAGGAAAGUUGUUGUGCGAAAUUUAUUCUAAACAGAGAAGUAAGAAAUAUAUGAAAUAUUUAAUGAGGAAAUGUUACCGGGUGUAGGCGUGUUUGGUACUGGAGCCAUUACGAAAGUAUUGGUGCCAAUUUUACGUGAAAAAGGUUUUGAAAUUAAAGCUCUUUGGGGACGAACCGUAAAAGAAGCGGAAGAGUUUUCAUCAUCCCAAAAUAUCGCUUUUUUUACCAACAAAAUUGAUGAUGUUUUAUUACGAAAAGACGUGGAUUUAGUUUUUGUAGUAUGUCAACCAUUUUUGCACGCUGAAAUUUCUGUGAAGGCACUAGGUAUAGGGAAACAUGUUGUGUGUGAUAAGCCAAUGAGCCUGAAUCAAUCCGAUGCUAUGAAAAUGGUGAGGGCGGCUCAGUAUUACCCUACAUUGAUUUCCUUAUUAAAUCAUUCACUGCGUUUUCUGCCAGCGUUCACACAUAUGAAACGUUGUUUGCAUGAUGGUAUGAUUGGUCCGUUGAGUGAAAUAUCCUUAAUAGAUGUGCGUGUUCAAUUGGGCACGAUUUUUCCUGAUAAAUAUGAUUGGAUGUGUGAUGCAGCUAUGGGUGGAGGCGCUUUAAAUCUAGUUGGUAGCCAUGUUAUAGAUUUAAUAAGUUUUUUACUAAAACAACACGUCGUUCGAGUGCAUGGUGUAGUAAAAUCUUAUACUAAAUCAACGCCGGGGAUAAAUGGCAUUAGGCAGAUAUCCGCUCCUGAUUUUUGCAAUUUUCAAAUGGAACUUAUAAAUGGUACCUUAAUAACCACUUCCAUACAAAGCCACACGGUGCCGGCUAAAACAUUCUCUCAAGAGGUCUUAAUAUGUGGAAGUUUAGGGCAUUUGGUAGUUCGUGGAGGUGAUCUUUUCUUAUUCAAGAGCAAAGGAGAGACAACACAAAAGGAAGAAGCCGUUUAUGUUGAUGUUCAAGAUUUGCAUUUUGCCACUUCAGAAACAUUGCUGCCCCGUUUAUAUAUAAAGGGCUUAUGUAAAAUGGUGGGUGCUCUGAAGGAAUCAUUUGCCAGUAAGGAGUCCAAUUGGAUAAAAGAACCAGUGCAAGCGGCCGCUAAUUUUGAAGAUGGUCUUUAUGUGCAAGCUGUGCUAGAAGCAAUACGAAAAUCGAGUGAAACGAAGUCUUGGCAGAGAGUACAAAUCAAUUCCGAUUCUCCUUCAAAUCAUGAUCAAAUAAUGCGUUUUGCUCGCAUGUCUACCAUGUAAAGAGAUUUAAAAU